AUGGAUUAUGGACUAGAUGUGAGUUACCACAUGGUAUGGUUGGGCGUGGAGAAAACAAAGGCCGUUAUUCAUGGAGAUCACUCAUCAUUGUUUGACCAGCUGCGGUGGUAUUGGGAUGCUGUGAUGCGUUACAGUCUAGGGAGUUAUGUCAAUAUUGACUAUGAUGCGAGAAGUCAACAGUUUUGUCGUUUCUUUGCAUCAUUCGCUACGUGUAUUUCUGGGUUCAACUCUUGUCGGCCUUUAUUAUUCCUGGAUAAAACAUUCCUUAAAGGAAAGUACAAAGGUCAGCUACUUGAGGCAAUGGCGAAAGAUGGAAAUAAUGGUCCAUUUCCUAUUGCAUUUGCGAUUGUUGAUUUAGAAACCACGACCAAUUGGUCGUGGUUCUUGCACGAACAUGGGAAGAUUAUUGAUGGUAAGCGCCAGAUUACUUUUAUUUCGGAUUGUAAUCUUGGUCUGUUAAAAGUUAUGCCAAAGGUGUUUCUAUCGGCUCACCACGAUUAUUGCUUACAACACUUGAAGAGUAAUUUAAGAGACCAGAUUAAAGGAAUUGAUAAUGGAUUUAGGGAUCACUUAGUUAGUAGUUUGGGUGACUGUGCUUACAAGCCAACUGUGUUAGAGUUCCAUGAAAAGCUUGCCAAAUUAAAAGAUGAGAGUAAGCAACGAGCACAUAAUUUUUUCAAGCAAUUGGCAUCUGAGCACUGGGCCAAAUUCAUACUUCAAUUAAUAGUUGUUUCCUAA